UGCUAUAGCAACUUACUAGUUGGUUAAAGCUUGCUUUCUGUUUUGCUGUUUGCCAUGAUCAUGACUGAAAACAGAUGGAUCGUGAGAAAAGGGACUCGAAUAGUGCAUCUGCUUUUUAUCUCAGGAUUUUGCUCCUUUACUCUGGGAUCUUCAGAUUUUCACCUAAUUACCAUGAGCAAGACCUACACUGAAGCAAAGACCUAUUGCAGAGAGAUGUACACUGAUUUAGCAACAGUUCACAACUCAACUGAUAUGGAUAAUUUAAUCAGUAUAGUUCCAAGUACCAUUGCCAGAGCCUGGAUAGGACUAGAGACUAGCGAAGUGUGGAUGUGGCAUUGGUCCUGGCCUGAUCAAAAACUGGAUUUUUUUAAAUGGAAGGUAGGAGAACCACAAAUAAAGAAUGAAGAUGCAUGUGCAGCAAUGGAUCAACAAGGAGAGUGGAUUGAAAGUGACUGUGGGACCCAAAGAAGUUUUGUUUGUCAUGGCAACAGUGAUAACAGUGGUCUCAUUUUUGUCGCUGAGACCAAAUCAUGGAGGGGUGCUCCAACGAUUUUGCUGAAAAAAGCCCCGUUUAAGGUGGGGGAGACAGUAGAGGCCCAGUUCAUACCUGUGGAGGAUGAAGAGCAGCUGACAGAAGUAUCUGUAGCGUCCCUGCAGGACAACGUUGAUAUCCAGCAGAUCACCGUGUUCAAUUCAGAGACUCACAACACCGUCACCUCCAUGGUCGCCAUGGCUCCAGGCACUGUCACCGUUGUACAACAGGAGGGCGGCGAGUGCACAAACCAGCUGAUGGUGGUGAAUGCAGACGGGGAUCUAACUGGUGACCAGGUGAUGGUUGUGGAGGACGCGCACGGCCUGGAGGCCCUGACAGUCCUCACCCAGGGUGACAACACUCACCACUAUAUCGUCUACGUCCAGGAACACACUGUAGAAAUCAACUACUUGUCAUCGGAUCUAAUUAGCAUACGGUCAGCAGAAGAGAAUGAGGCAGUACAUAAUGUGUCUGCAUCACAAAAUGUGUGGAUUGGCCUCUUCAAAGAUUCCUGGAAGUGGUCUGAUGGGAGCAAAACAUCAUUCCGUUACUGGAAACCCAACAACCUGAUACUAAUCCAAGAAAAUAUGACAUGGAUUGAAGCUAUGGGUUACUGCAGGGAGCACCAUAUUGACCUUGUCCACAUUAGCAGCAAAGACAUUCAGGGGAAGGUGGCUGAAACGGCAAAGAACGCCACAUCACUUCAUGUUUGGAUAGGUCUACGGUACACUUGUAAAUUUAACUUUUGGUUCUGGACUAAGUCGACUUCUGGCUGUUACCACAAUUGGGCCCCGGGACAAGGAUCUGAAGGGAAAUAUGACUGCGAUGUUACAGGUGCCAUUGAGGCCACCGGGAGGCAGCAGUGGGUAGGCUUGCCUGAGACAGAAAAACUGAAUUUCAUCUGCGACACAUGCACUGGAUGA